AUGUAGCAUGCUAUUGAUCAAAUAGAGAUAGAGAACCAAGCUCUGGCAAAUAACAGCAAAAUAACAGCAAGUGGUUCUGCAAGCAGUCUAUUCUCUCUUAAUAAGGUAGCUUAUGUGGCUUUGUCACUGAACAUGAACAACAUAAUUUCAACUCCUUUAUACUUGAUUAUGCUUUGCAUAGACUCUGUAGUACUAAUCUAUAUGCUUUUAUCAAUAAUCUACAGUCAGGUAUAUGAUUAGCCUAUAAAUACCCUAUGGCUUUUGGAAAGAAACCUUUAUGAUAUGAAUGAUAUCAUACUUAUUAUUGUCCAUGGCAUCAUGAUAUUUUAUCAAAUUCUAACAUUGGUGGUGUUUGUUGUGCUGCUAAUGCAAGAUCUGAGAACUAUCUUUGAUACUGAGAAGCAAUCAACUGCAAAGAAAGCUCUAAUAUUUGCCAUCGUAAUUUUAGAUGUCGUUUUAAAAGCACCCUUGCUAGUGAUUAUAUAUUUUGGAUUUGAUAUUCCUAACCUUCAUGACAUUGAUAUUUAAAAAGGUCUAUCUAAUGAGAUUAAAUAAUCACAAGAUACCAUGGGCUUAAGCGAAGUAGACAUUAACUCUGCUGUAUUCUAUAUAUUUUUGCUAAACUUUGUCCUUAUUGGAAUGUCUUUUGUGAUGAAUUACUUUUGGGAUUAGAGCAUCUUAGAAAAAAUAAAGACUGAGGAGAUAAAGACUCAUAAUUAGUAUCUUUAAGCCUUUAGAGUCUUAUAGUACUAUAUCGAUUAAGUAUCACAACAAAAAUCAAAUCUUUAUGAGAGUAUGAGCUUCAUUUUGAGUCUCAUUAAAUUCCAUAACUUAAAUUGCUAGAAUAAUACAUGCUUUUGCCAUCAUACUGAUUCUUUGAUAUGGGUAUUAAAGAGAGCUUAAAAUCAGGUAAAUGAAAAUUACAUCGAUAUAUACUAGGAUGAACUCGAGCUAUUAAACAACUACAAUAUCAACCCUUUUAUAGUUCCUUCAGCUAAUAAUAUGGAUUCUCCAUUCUAAUCUAACCAAUACAUAAAUAAGGAAAGAAUUAUAAUUCAAAUUGAUGCUACUUAAGAUACACAUUUGCCUAAUAAUCAUAACAAUUAUAACUCUGAAAGUUUAUCUUCAAUUGAUCUUUAAGCAGUCAGCGGUAGUUUCAAUAAUGCACCUCUUAUAAGGAAUAUGAAUGAUCUGCCUAUAGAUAAUUAGGAGCCUAUUCUGAAACUUGAUUUGAUUAAAUUAAUUCAAUCAUACUUGCUGGAAUAUCAGCAUUUGCUCUUCAAAGAAGCCUUGAUUAAAUUUCCAAAAGACCCAACAAUUUCACUAAAUUAUUAGUAUUUCUGCUUUUUUUACCUGCAUAACAUUUUCAUGGCUAAUAAUCAACUUAGAAUAUUUGAUUAUAGUCACUUUUCAACAAUUAAUAAGGCCAGCUAUUUGGUUAAUGAGGCGUAUAUGAUACUGUUGCUUUCAAAAAAUAUCAGCAAACGAAAGUAAAUUGAAAAUGGAUUCAAAUAUAAGCAAUAUGGAAUAGUAUUUGAUGAUCAGCAAAUAGCUAAGAAUUCAUACUAGAGUGGAGCAAUAUAAGAUUAUAUGGGAGAGGAUUCACUUGAUCCAGAGCAUUUUAUUCACGUCAAUUAUACAACACAGCUGUUUUACAAUGGGAUUCAAUAGCUUUCAGUGGAUGUGAUGGACUUUUGGAAGUCACUUAGUGAUAAUACAGGAUCCUUAGAUGUAAAGAAAACUUAAGUUCAAGGUAAUAUAGUCUCUGAAAGAAUUGGAUACGUACAAAAGCAGUUUCAUAGAAUCAAUUCAUUAUCCAAAUAUGCUGAUCAUAAGAUCUAUCAUUGCUUUGCUUAAGUGUAAAAGCUAAUCCUCAACGAUCAUCAAGCAUAUGAACUAUACCUGAAUAAGAUGAAGAGUUUAAUUACUAUGCAAAAAUUAUUCAAAAAUAACAGUCUUAAGUUCUACACUGAUACUGAUCUUGGUGUUCUACUAGCCAAUGGAACUUAAUAAGAGUUUGGAAAAAUCAUUCUCACUAAUCAAAUUCUGAUGAAAGUUCUUGGUUUUUCAACCUAGGAUUUGAGACAUCAAAGAAUAGGAAUAUUAUAGCCAAAGCUAAUAAAAGAAAAUCAUGAUAAGUUUAUCAGCAGAUUUUUAUCAACUGGCUAGUCUAAUUUUAUGCACACUAUGCAAAACUUAUUCCUAUUAAAUAAAAAUGGCUAUGUUUUACCUUUCUAAGUAUAUAAAAACGGUCCCAAAUAUAUUCCAAAGGAUUUGAUGUUUAUGCUUUGUGAUAGACAAGGAUAUAUUUAUGAAAUCUCUGAGAGUUGUUCACAAUAAAUAGGCUUGCAUAUAAUUCUCAAGGUAGUUGAGGAUUCUGUGUAAACUAUUCAACAAAUUUAGACAAAUAGGCUAGAUGAGCAAAGUACUAUAAAUAAUGCAAUGUAAUUCUAAAAUCUUGAGGAGGAAAAAGAUUUCCAACUACAUCAAAAAGUAGACUCUAUUUCAUCAUCAGAUUCAUAUUCUCAUGUGGAAUAAGAGCUAAUAAAACAAUCAAUAUCUGGACUAGAGAAAUAAACUCCUAGAUCAUUGAAAGUUGUUGUUGCAUAAAAAAUGAAUCUCAAUAACAGAAUAAGAAUCAUACUCAGAACUUUGUCAAAUGUUGCCAACGGUUACGAAAAUAAUUAACUUUCUUAUGUGUCUGGAAUAAAAACAACUGUAUUCGAAAAAAGAUUAAUGGAACUUAUUAAUUCCUUCAGAUAAGUACAAAUAUCGCAAGAAAACUAGGAUUUCGAAAUGUCAAAUUCAUUCUCUAAUUAUCUUAAAUCUGAAAACCUAAGAGUAUAGUACCUCAAUGAAAAGAAUUAGAUCUUUAUUAAUAAUCACACAAUGUCCUUUACUCUGAAUCUCUAUGUGAGCAGAUUGCUAGAUAUCUAUAAUCUAAAAAAUUCUUAAUUUAAAGGAAAUCUACAUGUUUAAAGCUUAACUUUCAACACUUCUUCGGCAUAUGUUCCAACUGAAAUAGAAAGAAAUAUAUUCUUUGUCAUUGCAAAUUCUUUAGAUGCUAUUAGGGAACACUUGCAAAUUGAAAUCGAGUAUUACUCGAGAGAUAUCAAAGAUCACUCUGAGGAGAGUAAAGCAUCAACAGAGACGACUAUUAUUAUUUCAGUAUGCUCAAUCUUAUUUGUUGGACUUAUUGUAACUCCACUACUUUCAAGGAUAGUCGACAGAUAGUAUUAAGCUCUCUAAUUCUUCUUGUUGAUAGACUAAAUUUAAAUUGACAACUUAAUAUUCAAGUGCUUCUAGUGCAUUUAAGAAGUAAAUGAACUUCUAGCGCUAAACAAAAGUACCUAAAAUAAUUAAAUAGGUAAUCCUAGAACAUUGAAUAAUGAUUUCUCAUCAUCUUAAAUAAGCUAGGAUGAAAUUUCAUAUUCUUAUAAUGACUACACCAGACAUCAAGAUAAAACUAUCACAGAUAUGGAAGGUUUAAAUCAGUCAGCAUUUAGUAAUGAUAGGUUUGAAUAUGGUUAAGGUGAUGGCAGAGAUAGUUAUGAAGAAUAAAAAGUUGGAGCAAGAAGAGUAAGUCAGAUAAAAAAAGUAACCUAGAAUAAUAUUAAAUCUCAUAAAGCCUUAGAUUUUGAGAGAAAAUCACGAAUGAUCAAUAAUUCAAGUAAAGAUUUGAGCAGUAUAAGACACUCAAUAAAUCAUAAUGAAAUUGAGCUUCAGGAUAUGUCUAGCUUCAACACAAAGUAGAAUGCUACUGAAAAUUAACUAAAUACAGUCAAUAAUGCUGAUUAACAAUAUAAUCAGGCUGACCAUCAUAAGAAUAAAGGAGAACAGACUAAUGAGAAUGAAACUCUUGAUGAGAAAAAGAAGAUAAUCAAGCAAACUUAAAUCAAGAAAAGAGUGAGGGUAACUGCUUCUAGUUUAUUAGUGAUAAUGGCUUUGUCAUCUUACUUCAUUGCUUCAUAUUUCAUGUCUUUGAGAAUAUUCAAUAGUAUCCCUGAAAUGAUUGAUGCCUUAGGCAUUAUUUACUAUAAGGAGGAAAUCUCAUUCGCAAUCAGUCAUUAUUCCUGUUUGAAGAUCGCUAAAGAGAUGCAUUUUAAUUUCAGCUUCAAAAACUCCAGAAUGUUUCAGAGCAGUAUAAAUAAUUCAGAAGAAAGAUACCUUAAGCUUUAUAAGAUCUAGGUCCUUUUAUUAGUGAUAUUGAAAGCAUCAAAGCUUGCUAAAUAAGCUAUGAGAAUAAUCCCUAGAUGA